CUGAUCCCUUGCUCUGACCGAAGUAUAUUCCAAUCUACCUUUCCAGCAGCUUUCAAUGCUAAAGGACUACAUAGACUACAGCGGCCUAGCAUGCCUCUCUCUGCCACAAGAGGUCGGCCACGACAUUUCCGAUGUCGUAGCCAACCAUAUCAUGGACCUAUAUUCGUCUAACCAACCAGAGGACUUGGGCUUGGGCUUCAUCUCCCCGCGUGAAAAGCAGCUUCACCUUGCACUUGGCCCCGAUUUUGAGUUAGAAAUCGACCAAUCCCCGUCCUUGUUGGCAAGCUCUUCGUCGAACUCAAACUCCAACCCGAGAAACCCUUCCAACAGCACCACUGGGUUUGUAUGCUGGAAGACAUCUCCUUUGUUAGUCCAAUGGUUGUUGUACAGCGAGAUAUGUCCCUUUAAAACACUCUUCUUUCUCCGGCCCGAAAAAGCCAAGCUUAAAAGUGUAAAAAGCAGACAGAACAGGAAAGCCACUAAUACCAAAUUUAUUGAUGUUUCGCUGGACCAACCGAGGAUCACCAUCGUGGAGCUAGGCUCUGGUGUGAGCGGGAUACUUGGAUCGACCAUUGGCACGCUACCGUCAACUCUGCAUUUUAUCGCUACUGACCACCAACAAAGCAUUCUUAAAUUGUUGCGGUCAAAUAUCCAGCAAAACGUUACUGGAAGGUACACCUCAACAACGAUGGAAACGAAGGUUAUCCCGGAAAAGGCUAGGAGUGCACCCGGUAGUGGUGUUUCCGCCAUUGACGUAGUAGAAUACGACUGGGAAGACGACUCGGUCGACCCUGUCCACGAAAUCAAGGAUACGCUCCUUCAGGGGCAAUUCCCGGACUUGAUCAUGGCUUGUGAUACAAUUUAUAACGAGUAUUUAAUUCCCUUCUUCACUGACAGCUUGUUAAGAUUAAUGGGGGGCACUACCGUGGCUAUCCUAGCGCUUCAAUUACGAGACAGCGACAUGGUCGAGGCUUUUGUCAACUGUUUAGUGGAAAAGGGGGGUGAAGCCGGGGUUGAGGUAUACUAUGUGAAGGAUGAGUUUUUGAGCGAUGAGUUAAAACGCGGGUUUGUUGUGUAUUACCUUGAGAGGAAAGAAGUUGAUCAGGAUGCCUUGUAAACAUAUGCAAGGCUUAUGCUUAUGGCCUACAGAUCAAUUACGGAUACAGUGUUAACGGAUAAGGGACAGCCACAGGUGUCUGAUCCGCCUUGAGGAGUGUCCAUUCGAAACAGCAAAGAUAAAGAAAACAAUUGACUUGAAGACAUCCUUAUCAAUCGAAGCAGAAUCGAGUAACGGUAAAUACCAAGCAUUAUGCAGGAUCUAACGUGGACCAAGCCUGAAGAAGGUCAUUAAACAUGCCUUUGUGAAUCGCAAGUGUACCCUGGUAGGAAUUUUAUACCUUGAUUGGAUCAGCAUACAGGUGAAUAAACUGCAUUCGGCUUAUAUCCCAGGGUGCUAUAGUAAGUCAAAGUGUCGAAAUAUUGUAGGAGCGUGAAGGUGCUUGUAAUAUCAUUAGGCAUUCCAAGAUAAAGCGUGAACACCACAAGCAAUA